AUGCGCUUCAACAUCUCCGUUCUCGUAGCUCUUGCGGGUGUGGCGUAUGCAGCACCCUCCAAGAGGGCACCCCUCUUCGUGCACGAAAAGAGGGCUACAGAGCCCGUCGACUGGGAGCUAUCCCAUCGACUCGAUGCAAACAAGAUUCUGCCUAUGCGAUUUGGGCUUACCCAGCAGAAUCUCCACCGUGUCGAAGAGCUUCUGAUGGCAGUAUCUCACCCAGAGUCACCAACCUUCGGUAAACACUAUAGUCCCGCCGAGGUUGUAGAUCUGUUUGCACCCAGUGACGACACAAUCUCUGCCGUCACCAAGUGGCUCGUUGACUCAGGGUUCUCUCGAGAUCGCCUACGUCUUUCUGCCAACAAGGGAUGGAUCUCGAUGGAUGCUACCACCGCCGAGGUUGAGGAACUCUUGAACACAGAAUAUCACGUAUACACUCACCCAUCGGGUGACGAGCAGUUUGGAUGCCACAACUACUCCCUCCCUGGCCACAUCCGUGAUCACAUCGACUUAAUCAGGCCUACCGUUCAAUUCAACCAUCGUCCAUCUCCAUUGGCCAUAAGGAAACGCGGAGGAGGUCUAGGCAUGCCCUCAGCUAGAACCGGACCCAAGAAGUCUGAUAAACUCGUCACUAUAACUCCUUCUCUCGAGAACUGCGAUGAGAACAUCACUCUCGACUGCCUUCGCGCUCUGUAUGCCGUCAAUUACACCCCUGUCGCAACAGCGAAGAACUCUUACGGCAUUGUGGAAUUCACUCCUCAGGCAUUCUUGGGCCCAGACCUUGAUCUCUUCUUCAGGAAUUUCUCCCCAAGCCUCGUCGGCGUUCGUCCUGUCAAUGUUCUUAUUGAUGGGGCUGUCGUCCAAACCACUCAGCAAAGCUUUGAUUUCAAUGGUGAAAGUGAUUUGGACCUCGAGUACGCUAUGGGUCUUACUGCCCCUCAACCUAUCACACUUCUCCAGACCGGAGAUCUCGUUGAAGGUGCUGGGUUUGAUAACUGGCUUGAUGCUGUUGACGGCUCUUUCUGUACCUUCGAAGGUGGAGAUGACCCUACACAGGACGGAAUAUAUCCCGACCCUGCUAAAGGUGGAUUCAAAGGCCCGGAAUCGUGCGGUAUUGUUGCACCACCUUUCGUCGUCUCAGUGUCCUACGGCCAAGACGAAGUCUCUGUCACUCCCGCAUUUGCUAACCGCCAAUGCACCGAGUAUGCUAAGCUCGGUUUGCUGGGAACCACUGUCCUUUACAGUAGUGGUGACGAUGGUGUUGCUGGUGGAGGCGGCGUUUGCCUCAAUACUAAGCAUCAACCCGUAAACAGAGGAGGAACUGUCUUCAAUCCUGGAUUCCCAGUCACCUGUCCCUUCGUGACCGCAGUUGGUGCUACACAAGUCAAUCCAGGAAGCACUGUCAACGAUCCUGAAGGUGCCUGCGAGCAAGUCAUCUUCUCCGGUGGUGGUUUCUCCAACAUCUUUGCAAUUCCGUCCUACCAGCAAACAGCAGUAACCAACUUUUUGACAGAACAUAAGCCACCGUUUGCCUCUACCGUAUUCAACAGCACUGGAAAGUCCAGAGGCUUCCCUGAUCUCUCUGCCAAUGGAGCGAACUAUGUCAUCGGUAUCGACGGUACAUUCAGCCUUGUCUUCGGAACGUCCGCUUCUUCGCCGGUGGUCGGCUCUCUGAUCACCCUUAUCAACGAUGCCCGUCUCGCAGCUGGAAAAGGUCCUGUCGGAUUCAUUAACCCUUCGAUCUACUCUUCUGCCUUUGCCUCCGCAUUUAACGAUAUCACGUCUGGAGGUAACCAGGGAUGCGGGACUGCUGGAUUCACUGCCACCACUGGAUGGGACCCCGUCACUGGUGUUGGUACACCCAACUUCUCCAAGUUGCUACCUUUGUUCCUCGCUCUUCCGUGA